AUGAGGGCAUUAGGCUUCUUCCUCUUCGUGGCCACGAUACCCAGGGGCCUUGAGUACCAUCAUCGUUUCCUCAUUACUGUGUUCAUCCAAGGUUCCCGCUGCCCAUGGCCCGUGACCAUUGACAACGCCGAGACGCGUCUGGCCCAGGAAUCCAAUGCUUUUGGGGGCUUCAUGGAGGUGACGUGCAAGCCUGGUUUUAGCAUGGCAGAUGGACAGGAAGUGGCCAUGAGCCGCUGUCAAGGAGACAAGAAGUGGAGUUUCACCGCACCCUGUGAAGAUAUUACUACUUCCCCGUCCCUUUGCGAACCUCCGCCGGAAAUUGAAAAUGGGUUCUAUGGAGACGGCCCCUACAAGACAGGGAGGGAAGUACAUUAUUGGUGUGACUAUGGAUAUCGUCUGGAGGGGGCCAGUACCCUCUUAUGCCAGGAGAACCAGGAAUGGUCUCACAAGGCCCCAAUCUGUCAACCCGUUAACUGCUCGCGCCCUGCCAAUAUUGCUGAAGGAACAGUGGUUACCGUGGACCAGUCUGAGCACCCGGUGGGCACCGUGAUCUAUUAUUUGUGCAAGAGGGAAUUCUACUUAGAUGGCUCCAACAGAGGGGUCUGCUUGGAGAAUGGAAGCUGGUCUCAGCCACCAGCCUGCAGAGCCCGAUGUCCCAUCCUUGCCCGGAGGAGCCAAGUGGUGUACAAAGGCAACAAGCUCUGGAUCCAUGAGAUCCCAGGGCAACAAGUCCAUCACGGAGAAUCUGUCACGUUUUUCUGCCGUAGCCAGAACAAGACCUGCAGCUUUCAAGCCGAAAGCCGAUGUUUUGAUGGCGUGUUGAAGCUGCCUUCCUGCUACGAUGUUUCAAAUUCAAGGUAA